AUGACGGCGUCCUCGUUUGCCUUGCCAGAAGACUUUGGGUCUGUUGAGGACUACUUCCACGCCCGCGAAUCAUUCAUCAAUGCUGAGCGAGCGCUGGGCUAUGAAAGUAAGGUGAAGAGGUCUGAUCUUGAGGCUCGAGCCCAAGAAAUUGUACACAAGCUCAAGAAGUGGGAAGAGGACAACCACCACGGUACGCGUACUGACGGCUCUGGCUGCGAGGCCGGCCACCGCUUUCUACAUGGUCUGGAAGCCAUUGAGAACAGCCAAAUCUUCAAGAUUGCGCAGAAGGCACCGAAGGGGUCUCUCCUACAUUGUCACUUUGACUGCAUCCUCCCACCGCGGACAAUGUUAGAUGAUGCAAAGAAGCAGGACAAAUUACACAUCAAAUCCGAUUGCCCCUUGACUACGAAAGGGUUCUUUGCCUGUGCAUUACCCCAAUUUUGUAUCCUGCCUAAUCAUGUGGAUCUGAGCGAGACGACGAACCUAUUCAGCAAGGCUUACAUUGCUGGGUCGUGGAUGAGAUACUCUGAUUUCUUGCGCCUAUUUCCUGGUGGAUGGGAAAGGGCAGAGGCAUGGCUUAGCAAACAGAUACUGAUAACUUCGGACGAUGCAUACCAUCCACAACAGACUGUCGACGGUAUCUGGAGGGAAUUUAUGCGGGGUGUCAUGAUCCAGCGCUCAAUGUUAUGCUACGAGACUGCAUACAAAGGACAGUUUCGAAGAAUACUCUGGAGGUUUGCUGAGGACGGCAUUUCUUAUGCGGAGAUUCGACUCGCCAUGAAUCAGGCGUUUACGAUCCAAAAUGACGACGGUACCCGCAAUUUUGGACAUGGAGAAAUGAUUCAAAUGCUCGCGGAUGUCCUCAAAGAAGAGGUCCCGAAGAUCCAGGCAGCAGGACAUACAUUUUAUGGCGUCAAGCUAAUUUAUGCCUGUUUGCGUUCAGCCACGAAAGAAGCUAUGAGGUGGUGCAUGGACACCUGCAUAGAGAUGAAACAACAGUUCCCAGAUUUGAUUUGCGCCUUUGAUUUGCAAGGUCAGGAGGAUGCUGGGCAGACACUUGCGCAUUGGAUCCCUGAGCUUCUUGAAAUGCGAGCCAAGAUCAAGACACUAGGUCUUGAUCUCCCGUUUAUCUUCCAUGCAGGCGAGACCCUCGACCAUGGAGGCGAUACAGACUCGAACCUCUUCGACGCUAUUCUUCUCGGGACCAAGCGCAUUGGGCAUGGUUUCAGUCUCGUUAAGCACCCUCUGUUGAUGCAGCUUUGCAAGGAAAGAAACAUCGCGAUUGAAACUUGUCCAAUCUCGAAUGAGGUUCUGGGACUCUUGACGACCCAGGAUCUUGGGGGCAGGGCGAGCGUUCUCUCGCACGACUUUUAUCAGGCGUUGAUGGGUACCAACAACUUGUCACUACUUGGCUUGCGGGUACUUGCCGAAUGGAGUAUUGAACAUAGCUGCAUGAAUUCAAACAUGCGAGAGAGGGUAGCAGGGGACUUUAGCGAGACCUGGAUCAGAUUCUGCCAGUGGAUCAUUGACAUCUAUGGCCAAGAAUAG